GAUAUAGACCACCAGCUUAGACGCGUUGUAUUCUCAGUUUCACGGUGGCUGUGAACGCGCGCGGACCUAUUCAGGAAGAACUCAGUGCUACCGCGGAGUAAAUCGUUUCUUGAUCCUAACACUAAUGACCAGUUAAGUGAUUGGGCAACGCAAUCGGAUUUAAUCGGUGCGAAUUAAACCGAUAGAUGACCGUUGAGGUGGGAUUGUGAAGAACCGCCAAAUUUAUGCUCUGAGCAUAAAAAAGUUUGCUUUGUGUUUGCUUGUGAGAAUGAAAAAGUGCAUUGUGAUUAAACAUCGAAAAUAGUGUUGAUCAUUUGAAUCACGUGGUGAAAGUGAAUUUGAGGAAGCGACGCUGUACAAAUAAAUCAGUGCUGAUUUGACCACAUUACUAAUCAAUUCACACAUUAGGCGGUGCUUAAAAGCAAAAAAUCUGUUGCGAAAAAAAUGGAUUCUGAUUUGGAUCGAAGCAGAACCACGUUGGAAGGUCACGAAAAUAAAGGAUUCGUUGGAGAAAAUCCCUCCAUACCGGGUCAGUUCCGAUGGAGCACGGUGAUCGAGAAUGGAGUUCCAGUUCACAGCGAUGGUACCCGAGAUAGGAGGCACUCACGGGGUGGAGACUCAGCAGUUACAAAGACUGUUACCGACAGUUCUACUACCUCCCUGGAAAAUGGAGAAGACGACAGCGGCAAGGGACGCGAUCAAUGGGGUAAAGGAAUAGAGUUUCUGAUGUCUUGCAUAGCCAUGUCCGUUGGGUUGGGCAACGUGUGGCGCUUCCCGUUCAUCGCCUUGGAGAACGGCGGUGGCGCUUUUGUGAUACCCUACAUCAUAGUGCUUCUCCUAGUCGGCAAGCCGGUUUAUUACAUGGAGAUGAUUAUUGGACAGUUUUCCAGUCGAGGGAGCGUCAAAGUAUACGAUUGUGCUCCCGCUAUGAGAGGCAUCGGCUACGGACAGGUUCUCUCGAUAGCGAUCGUGUCUACCUACUACGCGUCGCUGAUGGCCACUACUUUGAAGUAUCUGUUUGACUCGUUUCAAGAGAUCCUUCCUUGGGCCACCUGCGACGACAGUUGGGCCGAUUUCUGUAUCCCUUCGGGGAAUUCCCAGCUUGAAGGGCGCUCGAACGACACGAUCGCCACCAACGUGACCUCACUUGUACAGAUGAGUUCUUCGGCCGAAUUGUACUAUAAACGUGUAGUUCUAAAAGAAAUCGACAGCAUCCAUGACGGAAUUGGACUUCCAGACUGGCAACUAACGUUGUUUCUAUGCCUAUCGUGGUCCAUGGUAUUACUAAUUCUUAUCCGCGGUGUUCGAAGUGCCGGAAAGGCAUCCUACUUCCUGGCCCUGUUCCCAUACGUCGUGAUGGGUAUCCUUUUGGUUCGGGCUUGCACGCUACCCGGUGCAAUCAACGGCAUCAUCUACUUCCUCAAGCCCCAGUGGGACAAAAUACUGGACCCCAGUGUAUGGUACGCGGCCGUUACCCAGUGCUUCUUUUCGCUAUCGAUAUGCUUCGGUAAUAUCGUCAUGUACUCGUCGUACAACAAGUUCCGCCACAACGUGCAACGGGAUGCCAACAUCGUGACCACUAUUGACACUUUAACGUCACUGUUGGCCGGAUGUACGAUAUUUGGGAUUCUCGGCCAUUUGGCGCACGUUGUCGGUAGCACUGAUGUUGGAUCCGUGGUGAAAUCUGGAGCUGGUUUGGCUUUCAUCUCCUACCCGGAAGCAAUUGCGAAGUUUGAUUUUUUGCCGCAGGCAUUUUCAGUGCUGUUCUUCUUCAUGCUGUUCGUGCUGGGCAUUGGAAGUAACGUGGCGAUGACCUCGUGUGUGAUGACCGUGAUCAGGGAUCAGUUCCCGAAGGUCAAAAACUGGCACGCCGCUACGGGGAUUGCCAUUUGUGGAGUGGCAUUGGGAAGCGUCUACGUAACACCGGGUGGUCAGUACAUUUUGACACUGGUCGACCAUUUCGGAGCUUCGUUCAUCGCGCUGGUACUGGCUAUCGCAGAGUUGAUCACAAUUGGAUGGAUCUACGGUGUUGAUCGGCUUUGCAAGGAUGUGGAAUUCAUGCUCGGUACCCGGCCAAGCUUGUACUGGCGGCUAUGUUGGAAGUGGUUCACUCCUCUGCUGAUGGCCGCCAUCUUGAUCUACAAUUUAGUAUCGUUGGAACCUCUGACUUAUCAAGGCUAUGUCUAUCCAAAUAUCGCUUACGAUAUUGGGUGGUUGAUAGCUGCAGUUGGCCUUCUUCAAUUGCCAAUUUGGGGGACUAUCGCUGUUUUGAAACAAGAUGGAAAAAACUGGACAGAAAAAUUGUUGAACGCUUUCCGACCAUCGCAAGACUGGGGUCCAAUUGAUUCUAACCUUCAUCAAGAGUACAAAAAAUUCAUCAACGAAGACUGCUGAAUCGGCCAUGUUUUAAAAUAAGACGCAAAGAGCUGCCAAUAGGGAAGGUACGAAUUGUGAAACAAUACAAAAAACAAGGCUCAUCAAAGCUGAUUACUUACCCAAGUGCUGAAUAGUAUUACUUUUUAAUAAUGGAUUGUGAUAUAUGUAUGAGAAACCCAUGUAUUAUACUGUAAUAUAAUUUAUUUUAUUUUUACGACC